AGCCAGGUCCUGGCAGCGGAGUUGUCCACGAACGACGCCCUGGCCGCGGUGUACGUCACCCGCUAAGGUCCUGGCAGCGGGGUACGUCAGGAGCGGGUCCCAGCUGCGAGGAGCCAUGGAUGCCGUGGAACUUGCCAGAAAGCUGCAGGAGGAGGCCACGUGCUCCAUCUGCCUCGACUACUUCACAGACCCCGUGAUGACCGCCUGCGGCCACAACUUCUGCCGCGAGUGCAUCCGGCUGAGCUGGGAGAAGGCCAAAGGCAAGAAGGGGAGGCGGCGGAAGGGCUCGUUCCCCUGCCCCGAGUGCAGGGAGAUGUCCCCGCAGAGGAACCUGCGGCCCAACCGCCUGCUGACCAAAGUGGCCGAGAUGGCGCGGCAGCACCCUGGCCUCCAAAAGCGGGACCUGUGCCAGGUGCACCAGGAGCCCCUCAAGCUCUUCUGCGAGGAAGACAAGAGCCCCAUCUGUGUGGUCUGCAGGGAGGCGCGGGAGCACCGGCUGCACAGGGUGCUGCCCGUGGAGGAGGCUGUGCAGGAGUACAAGUCGAAGCUGGAGGCAGACAUGGAGUGCCUGCGGGAGGAGGUGGUGAAGACGGAGAAGAUGCAAGCCCAGUGGGAGCAGGCCUUGGCCGAGUGGCAGGCCAUGGUGAAGGAGAGGAGAACGCGCAUCCUGGUGGAGUUUGAGAAGAUGACCCUGCUCCUGGUGGAGGAAGAGCGGCGGCUCCUGCAGGCCCUGAAGGAGGAGGAGGAGGAGACGACCAGCAGGCUGAGUGAGCGCAAGGCCUCCCUGGACCAGCAGAGCCACACGCUGGAGAUGCUGCUGCUGCGGCUGGAAGACCGCAGCCAGCAGGAGCCCCUGCAGAUGCUGCAGGACAUGAAGGACACCCUGGCCAGUAAGGACAGCCUGCAAGUGCUGUGCUCGGAGGCCACGCCCCCCAUGGUGCUCAGGACCGUGUGCAGGGUGCCUGGGCAGGUGGAGGUGCUCAGAGGUUUUCAAGAGGAUGUGGUGCCAGACCCUGCAUCCGCGUACCCCUACCUCCUCCUCUACGAGAGCCGCCAGAGGCGCUACCUGAGCUGCCCACCUGAGGGCAGCGCGCUGUGCAGCAAGGACAGGUUCGUGGCCUACCCGUGUGCCGUGGGCCAGAAGAGCUUCUCCUCGGGCCGGCACUACUGGGAGGUGGGCAUGAACCUCACGGGGGACGCGCUGUGGGCCCUGGGCGUGUGCAGCGCCAGCGUGAGCCGCAAGGACAGGGUCCCCAAGUGCCCCGAGAACGGGUUCUGGGUGGUGCAGCUGGCCAAGGGCAAAAAGCACUUGUCCACAGCACCCAGCCCCGGCCCCGUCACGCUGACCGAGCCCCCCAGCCACAUGGGCGUCUUCUUGGACUUUGAGGCGGGGGAGGUCUCCUUCUACAGCGUGAGCGACGGAUCCCACCUGCACACCUACUCCCAGGCCGCCUUCCCAGGGCCCCUGCAGCCCUUCUUCUGCCUGGGGGCCCCCAAAUCCGGCCAGAUGGUCAUCUCCACGGUGACCGUGUGGGUGAAGGGCUGAAGGAAGAUGCCGGCUGGAGGCACAGACUCUGCGUCCGCUUGCUCCCUACAGAGGGCAAGGCCCUUGGGUGGCACAGCCACCUGCACAGGGCUGCACCGAGAGACAUCGGCCAUGCGGGGCGGGGAUGUGUCUGAAAUAUGAUUAAAGCAGUCAC